UCUCAAUCGCUUCAGAUCGCCCCAGAAAGGCUUUACCCCGGGCGAUGGACAUUGUGGUCUGAGUUCACUGCUUUCCUGCAUCGCAAUGUUCCUUACCUUCCUCCCGUUCCCAUUGUCUUCCUUCCUGUCGUUCGACCUUUUGAAAUAUGGUGCAGGUUUUCGGUCCUUUGUCUGCUCGUCCGCCUACUCCGCCCAGGACGACUCGUAUGCUAUCUGAGAAGGAUCAGCCGCAAGAUUCUCCGAUAACCGUAAAGACUCCUGUUGAAUCACCGUUAGCGACGAAUGCCAAUGGUGGUCUUACCAGUCGGAAAUCCAAGCGAGUGAACUUCUCGCCAUGGGCGAAGUAUCAGCCCAACAGGCUGGAUCUAAAAGCUCUGCCUCCUUCGAAUGAAUGCAAACCUACAAAAUCAAUCCUCAAGACGACCAGCUCGCCUGCUCCCGCAAACUCGCCUGAUGUGACACCCCAUACCCCAGAGUCUUUCGCCAUGCUGCUAGAGUCGAUCACGCAGCAAUUAGCCGGUGAGUCGGUCAGCUCAAGACUGGACGCCUACAUGCAAUUUUUCGGGGCAUUGAGGGCAUACGAAGAACUUCCAGGGGGGCAGGAUAUUGCGGACAAGCUUAGCCUAGUCACUCAGUUCAUUCAACGAGAUGUGACCCGCGACAUUGGCAUUGGCGGGCCUAUGAAUACCAAUCUUGUCACUCAAGCCCUAAAGUUGUCUGCUGCUCUGGUAUGGCACACGGAGCUAUCUUCCCAACUACCUGAGGACUUCAAAACUUUUCUCGUCGACCAUUCCAUCAACAGCCUACAGGAUGCGAAAGUGCCCAAAAUCGUGGCCACCCACUACAUGUCGAUUUUGUCAACCCAGAGUUUCCACGCGAAGAUAAUGAACAACACCAGACUAAGCCGUCUACUGGCGAUCUUGCAUGAUCUCACUAGCCGGGUAAAUGGGAGUGCAAUCGUCGCACAGCGGUUGAGCAUAUACCAACGUAUUCUCAGCCAGAACAAGUCAUUGUUUGUCUCUCAAACGUCACUAUGGAUGGAGCACCUCAUCUCGGGCUUGCUUCACCACAUCAAAGAUGUCAGGAUAAAGGCUAUCUCCCUCAGCUAUCAAAUCUCGGUGACAUUCGGUCCAAAUCCCAUCCUAUCCAAGAACAUCCGAGAUAUCUUCGACCGCCCCCUUGGCCAAGAUAGGAAAUUGGUACAGGAAGUUAGCGAGCGGAUGUCGCGAAUGAUGGCAGCUGCGGAGAGCGGUGUACAUGUACCUCAGAUUUGGAUUGCUGUCAUCUUACUUCUGAGGAAUAAGAGGCUGACUGUUGACAAUUGGGAACACCUAAAAGAGUUCACUACUCCGCUGCAAAAAUGUUUCAAUUGCAGUGAUGGGCCAACGAGAGGGCAAUCCAUUCUUGCGUGGAAUCGAUUUGUUCAGGUCAUCUGCCCGAGUGAGAGAACAAAUCCAGCGAUCUUAAAAAUACUAAUUAGAGCAAUUCUCUCCCAACUCGAACGAAGGAGUCAUAACAAGCUCACGUCACAGCCUAACCAACUGGUGCUAUCGAGCUACUACAAUCUCCUAUAUUAUGCCUUCCGUCCGUCCGCGUUUUACCAGCAUCUCGAUAUUGUUUGGGACGAGUAUAUUGCUGCACCUUCAUCGAACGUUUUUAUUUCGGUCCCCGGCUUAAGCGACAAGCUCGCCCAGGUGUUAUCGAAUAUGCUGUGGGGCUCUCAGGCGAAAGUUUGGUUAGAGAACAAAGCCAAUGAAAAUAAUCGCCUUCUCCCGGAAGAGUUGCCUCAGCUUGACUGCAAAUGGGUAAGGUCCAGGAUCACGGCUGUGUUAAAGGUGUUCGAAAACAUAUUUACCUCGUCGACCUGGUCCGACAACAUCGAGCAGUCAAACAUCGCCACUGCUUGGGUCAGUCUUUCUCGAGCUCUGUCAUAUGCUUCUAGCAAAGAGAUCACACCCUCCCCGGAGUCAAUGCAAGCAGUAGCCCACGUGCUUGGUCUCCUCCAGCGCCUCUGGAAAGCUGGCCCUACGUCAAUCAACGCUAUUGGAGAAAACUCCUUGGACAAGUUCUUCGACAGGUUCAGGUUUCUAUCAACGACCAUGAUCGUCUCACUCGGGAGCAUAUCAUUCACUGAAAAACUUCUCCUGAAGACGGCUGAUGAGAAGUUCCAGGCUGCCAAUACGCCAACGCAUCGGCCUGUAAAGGUCAAUGCAAGCCUCGACAGCCCUAUUCUGCAUUUUCUUCGGCUUGUCAGUGAUGUGUCAGGAGUCCAAGAGCCCACUGCUUCCUACUUGCGUCUGAUCAGUGAUACCCUAGACGCUGCUUGUAAGGGCAGAAUGUCAAGAGGCUCACGCCUCGAGCUUCUUAGGCAAUGCGCAGAUUUAUAUCCGAGUGUAACAGAGUUUUCCUUCAGAGUCCAUGAUUUUGCUCAGGCAGGCUGGAAAUCAACAGCGCAAUUGGCUGCGGAUUCUCUGUGCUCUUACCCCCUUGAGUCCGCCCGUGAACGUGACGGAUCUGUUUUGCGUGACUAUGACAAUGCUGUCAAGAUCCUCUCUACCGGGUUGAAGUAUGGAAACAGCAUCCAGGAGUGGAAUCAACUUUUGGAUACGUUUAUUCGCGUUGUGAGAAAUGAGAAGGGUGACCAGGCAAUUGCAACAAUGGUCGUGGAGCCCCUUUCUGAGUGCAUCAUGAUGCUAAAAGCUCGUGAUACCUAUUUGCCAGCAGCCUCUCUAUUUAGCCAUUCUCUUUCCAUCACAUACUGCCACUAUGGCGUUCGGAACAUGGAGGGAGCGAUGGUUGGACAUCCUGCUCGAAACACCAGUGAGACUUCAAUAUUUCCCUCUAAACUAGUUGAACUAGUGAACUGGAUUCUUCGAGAGUCUUAUGAAGCCUUUGACGCUACGGUGACCAAUGGAAUUGCGGACUUUCUGGAGUCUUUGACGUCCUUUUUGGGCUCUGGAGUCCCGGAAUUUCGCUCCGCGAUCCUCGAAACGACACAGGAAUCCCUUGCUCUUUGGUUAAAGGAUGACGUACGCAAGAUUAACGUUGAAAGUGGUGUGGAAAGCAGGAUUCUCACUGCGGGCCGCGCUCUCUCCUCCGCAGUUAUAAAUGCUUUGCAAGCUUGUUCGCCCCACGAUGCGUCGCAUCUACACAGGUUUGAACCUAUUCUCUGUUCAGGCCUUGGGUCCUCCCAUAUGUCCAUAGCAAAGAGAUUUCUUGAUUUUUGGAAUUCUUCGUUUGGACAACAGGGAUCACUCCCUUCUCCUGAAUCGGUAUCCCGUGCACUGCAACAGCUUGAGUCGCGAAUCAAGCUUCAGCAGUCGGGAGAGGGACCGCAAGAGCCUGGGGUAUCCCUUGAGACGCGAGAAUCAAAUGGCAGCCAGGUAGACUUGUCUGGAAAAGCCCGCAUCGCCUUUAUUCUAGACCACCCAGUGGUACCAUCCUACCCCGUGGGCUUUAAUUCGUCUCCUGUCACAAAAGUCAUUGAAUCAUCAAUUGCAGAACAGCCAGGAGAGGCUAGAUCCCACCGAUCAACUGAAUCAAACGAAACGGACCAAACCAGCAUCGAGGAUGCUUCGAUCCCAUUCCUGCCACCCAACGAAGAACCCAAAAAGCGUACCGAUGUAUUUUCAAUGAUUGAGAACCUUCGCUUCUCCUCACCCCCGUCAAACACGCCGCGAGAACAUGGAUUCAUGACCCCUCCGCACCUACGCGGUCUACACGCCCCCGAUCGUGAGUCGGGAAUACCCCAAACGCCCACUUUGCCACCUGUCACAGCUGACAACGAAGACGGCUUUCUCGGUUCUUCUCCUACUCCUGGUAUAAGAGGUCGAGCACAGUCUGUUGGAUCGCAGAUUCCUUCGGCGUUGUCAACUCCGGCAAUAAACUCUCACUUUGAUAGUGACAUCCCAUCCUCUCCUCCCGAGUUCAAGUCACAGGACGCAAAUUCCCGUAUCCAACAGGGGUCCCUGAACACUGUAGCUGCUGAGAACAGAGCGGGCAAGAAAAAGAAAUCUAAGAAGUCGAAACGCACAUCAACACCAAAGAAUAAGAACAGCACCAAACAAUUCGAGACACGGGAAGAUCACAGUAGAGCCGCAACGCCCUUGAGUAGCCGUCUCCGCUCUUCUACAGGUAAGACGCCUAAAGCCAAUGCACGCAGUACGACCGAACGUCAGCCCGACGCUCUCCAAAGUGGUGAUCUAGAGCUUGCUGCAGAGGCCUCAAAUACAAAACCUGGCUCUCCUAGCAAGCUCGCAUCUACCUUAUCUACACCCAAGAAUUCCGGCGUGUCUGACGAAACCACGGAUGACCUGGAUUCCGCUCUGGACUGGAUUGCAGAUUCUUCCAGUGAUGACAUGGAGACGCAGAUUGCGUCUCAACUAGAGCAAGACCUAGAAUUCGCUGUCGAUUCGGAUAAACCGGAUACUGAACAAGCAACAGAACCUCCUUCCGAACCUCCGGUGACCAGGAAAAGAAAACGGGAGGAAGAAACCGUAUCGACACCUUCCAGGGAAGAGCGACGCAGAUCGAUGAGGCGCUCUGCUAAAGAAGUAGAGGACGUUGAUCCUUUGGAACCUAGGAGCCUUCGUUCUAAGAAGUCACCCAUGUCCAACAGCGCCCAGCAGCUUGUUUCUUCACCGGCUGGAUCGGCGCCGAAGAAGCAAAAAUUACAAUCUAAACGUGACACAGAUGAUUUACCUGCUAGGUUGCCCGAUUCGCAGCAGGAUAGUAUCAGUGCUGAUACGGGCACUGAUGCUCUAACUGCCUCCCAGAAGCGCAGGUCUUCCCGUCUGAGCAGACAAUCCCCGCCAGUUGUCACAGAAAAAAGCCCUGCUCCCAGGAAGUCCCCACGAAACAGUCGUUCUCGCAAGCGAAACGCGAAGCGUAAGGGCAAUGGGUACAGGGAACCUGAAGCUCAGACAGAAGAGACUGUUACGGCAGCCUCCCAAGACCAAAAAGAACCGCAAGAUGACUACAUUGAACAGAAUAAUGUUCCAGAAGCUGUAGAACUCCAAACUUCUGUUCCAGCUGUCGCUCCAACAAGCGAGCAAGAACCUAUUAAUCGAGCAUCUGUAACUGAAAUCGAAAUGGAAGACGCGGAAGUUGAUUCUGCUCGAACUAGAAACCAAGCACCAUCUCAAGUCACCCAGAUGGAAACUCACCCGGAGAGAGACAGCGGCUCAGCUGGAAUCAUUGCUUCUUUCAGAAAUCUGCUGGAUGACAUCAAAUCGGCCACCUUGGACCGAGACGCUAUCCGACAAAUUGACGACUUGAUGUUCGAAAUCCGGGCUGAAACGGGCGAGGCACUGAGGAGACAUACUGGUUAAUUAUUUGCAUAGCGAAGGCGUUCAAUUGUUUGAUGCUUUUCUUCUUACAUCUUUUGUUUCUCUCUUUGUUCAUCUCUUUCAUUUGGCACUGGUGGGAGGCUAAGGAUGGUAAUUGAUACGUAUAAAAGGUUAUUGGACAGGGACGUUAGCGUUGGUAUCUGGUACCCUAUGCAUGAAUAUAUCCAUUUAGAAAUUGAUUUUUGGCGCCAUAAACUUUAGCCUAAAAUCGAGUCUCGUGUGACACCCUGAGAGCUGUAUACUCC